AUAUGCUGUAGAGCUUUUCUCUCACAGACACACUUACACAGAGUGAGAGAGAGAGAAGGAGAUGGGUGUUGAAGGGUAUCUCCCUCUGUUUGAAACAGAGGAAUUGAAGGGUCGAAUCGCAUAUAGAUUGUAUGCACUCUCGGUGUUGGUUUGUAUUUCAUUGUUUUUGGCGUACAGAGUGACUCAUUUUCCAGGAAAAGAAGAAGAUGGAAGGUGGGCUUGGAUUGGAAUGUUUGGGGCUGAGCUCUGGUUCAGCCUUUACUGGAUGAUCAAUCAGUCUGCUAGAUGGAAGCCUGUCAUUCGACGUACUUUCAAAGACAGGCUCUCACAGAAAUACGAGAACGAAUUGCCGGGAGUGGACAUUUUUGUAUGCACAGCAGACCCCAAAAUAGAGCCCCCAGCCAUGGUGAUCAAUACUGUUUUAUCAGUCAUGGCGUACGACUACCCGCCAGAGAAACUCAGCGUAUAUCUCUCCGAUGACGGUGGGUCAGACCUAACAUUCUACGCUUUAGAUCUUAAAAUUCAAGGAGUUUUCGAAAAUCCUCACCACAUUGGUGUACACUUGAAAUUAUACAAAGACAUGGAGAAUCGGGUAGAGAUUGUAACUACCCAAGGUGAAAUCACAGAGGAAAUGCGCAAAGCACACAAAGGAUUUCUUGAAUGGGUGUUGGAUUCGAAUCCACGUGAUCAUCAAACCAUUCUUCAGAUAUUAAUUGAUGGAAGAGACCACAAUUUUGUGGACAUGGAAGGAAAGCAAUUGCCAACUCUGGUAUACAUGGCCCGUGAGAAGAGACCCAAUUACCAUCAUAACUUCAAGGCUGGAGCUAUGAAUGCACUGAUAAGGGUGUCAUCACAAAUCAGCAAUGGAGAGAUUAUCCUUAAUGUAGACUGCGACAUGUACUCUAACAAUUCAGAGUCCAUAAGAGAUGCAUUGUGUUUUUUCAUGGAUGAAGAGAAAGGCAAUGAGAUUGCGUUUGUACAAUACCCACAAGUCUUCAAUAAUAACACCAAGAAUGAUAUCUAUGGCAGCUUAAUAAGAAUCGGCAUUGAGUUGGAGCUUCAUGGAUUGGAUGGUUAUGGAGGCCCUUUGUAUGUUGGCACUGGAUGCUUUCAUAGAAGAGAGGCCCUUUGUGGAAGAAAAUACAACAAAGAAUAUAAGAGAGACUGGAAGAGAGAGAAUACCAAGAAGGUAAAAUUUAAUGUAAAGGAACUAGAAGAAAAACUAAAGGGCCUUUCCAGUUGCACAUAUGAGGUGAAGACUGGAUGGGGAAAAGAGAUGGGAUUGGUAUAUGGCUGUCCAGUGGAGGAUGUAGUAACAGGAUUAACAAUUAAAUGUAGGGGUUGGAGAGCAAUUUACUUCAACCCAGCCAGGAGGAGCUUCUUAGGGCUUGCUCCUACCACAUUGGCUCAAGCACUUUUGCAACACAAGAGAUGGUGCGAAGGUCAUUUCAAAAUUGUAUUUUCCAAGCACUAUUCAUUGUGGCAAGGACAUGGAAGGAUAAAGGCAGGACUUCAAAUCGGAUACUGCAUCUAUAAUAUGUGGGGAUUUAAUUGCAUCCCAACAUUAUGUUACAUCAUCAUCCCUUCACUCUGUCUCCUACAAGGCAUAGUCUUGUUUCCAUCGAUUUCAAGCCCAUGGUUUAUACCCUUGGCAUAUCUGGUCAUUGCUAAAUACACAUAUAGCUUAGGCGAGUUCCUCUUCUGUGGUGGCACACUUCAAGGCUGGUGGAAUGAUCAAAGGAUGUGGAUGUUUAGAAGGACAUCUUCCUACCUCUUUGCCCUCAUUGACCUGAUACUUCAAGCAUUAGGGUUCUCCAAGUCAGCAUUUCUCAUCACAGCAAAGGUGACUGACACGGAUGUGUCACAGCGAUAUGAGAAAGAGAUCAUGGAGUUUGGGAUCCCUUCUCCCUUGUUUCUCAUCUUAGCAACUCUUGCACUGCUCAACUUAUUCAGUUUGGUGAUGAUGAGUUUCAAGAGUGUAGUAAUGAACAUGAAAGCUGGAGAUCUUGAGGCAUUGAGCAUGCAAAUGCUUCUAUGUGGGACUGUGGUUGCACUGAACCUCCCAGUAUACCAAGCCCUUUUUCGUCGUAAGGAUAAGGGGCGCAUACCUUCCUCUAUCACAUUUAAAUCGGUUGUUUUAGCCCUAUCUGCUUGUAUUAUGUCGUCUUAUUAAUGGGUUGUGUUGAAAUCAGAAAUUGGUCGGGCAUGCUAUGUAUUUCAUAGAAUUUCUCGAUUUUAGAUCUCAA